CGCUAUGAUACAUAUUCAGAGAGAGAGAGAGAAAGAAAGAAAAAGAAAUAGAAAAGAAGAAGCGAGAGGAAAGUUCAGAGGGCGAUACUAGUUCUGCCGUUCUUUCCGUCGUCUGCGCAUGCAUGUUCCGUUUCGCUACACCGUCACACUCCGAAAGUCCGAACUUCAAAGAGUCGUGCUUAGUUUGGCAGGUUUGGCUCGGUUCAGUUCAGUUCAGUUCAGUUGUGCUCAGUUGUGCUGCUCUAGAUGUUGCUGGCUGUGUAUACUGUGGUGGUGAUCAGGCGGUGAAAAUGAUGGCGGAUGAGAAGUUGUUUUUCUCAAACGCCGUCCAACAAUUGGCGAGAUGUCUGGCCGCUAUUAAGCCCACGCCAUGGGAGAAGGUGGCAAAAUUGUACAACUUAUGCCCACAAGAUUCUGCUCAGGGUGUAUUUCGUCUGGAUCAGAGAGGUCAAGAUGCGACCAUUGCAUUGGGAAUUUAUUUUUUGGAAUCCGGCUUGCAACACCAGGAUCGAAUCUUACCAUAUCUACUCAGGUUGCUGCGAGGUCUUCCAAAGGCAGUGUGGCGAGAUGAAGUAAGAUGUUCGCUUGCUGAGAGGGUUCCGGUUGCAGAACGCUUCAGUUUCUGCCUGAACACGCUGCUGAGUGAUAUCGCAGUCAGAUGCGAGCCAGCACGGGAAGAGAUUAUCUCAACGCAGGUUGAGAUACUUGCUGUCCUGACCAAUCUGAUACGUGGAUGCAAAGAUCAGAAUAGCAAUAGAGGCCUGCAAGCAAAGAUAUCGCUAUGUAAAUGUCUGGUACCAGUGCUGAUUGGACUGGCGCGAUCGAUGGGUCGCUUCACGUGCACAGAUCCGCCGUUGCUUUGCCGCAUUUUUCCACGACGGGAGACACCCUCGCCAGCCUUGAGUAGCACGGAAAGCCGCUCGAUGCCCGACAGGAAGCAGCACAGCUUCACGAACUUCAGGCCAAUUAUCCCGCGUUCCCUGAGCGGUAACUUUAAUUCAUGCAUCGACAGUACGUUGUCGAGUUACGACAGUCAUGACUAUCAGUUUGGCAAGAGACCAUCACUACAGUCCUUCCUUUCGGUACCGUACGAUCCGACGACGUAUUUCUUCAGCCGCUACGGAUCGAGCUUCAACCAGUUCCCGCAAAUGCGUUGCAACGAAAGCCCCGAGAGAAGGGCUGGAAUGCAAUUUACCGUGGUGCAUCUGCAGAGCGUGUUGGCUCUAGCCAAGAAGCUACUUACCAAAGAUAUUCUGACGUUUCUCGACGAAGAAGCACAGCACGUCUACAGUUCCGGCCAAGUGCAGAUCUUCCCGUAUCGUACAUUCAGCGAGACAAUGAAUCUAGUGAUGGUGGCUUUGUUACGUGAGCUGCUGCAGAAUCAGCGCGAUUUACCAGCACCGUUCACGAAAGACGUGCAGGAAUUCGUGAAGGGUCUGUUUCUCUCAGGGCAGACGGAGUUGCAGUCGCGGCAACACGAUGCCAGCGAGCGCGAGGACAUCGACACGAACUACCGGACGGUGAAUCGGUUCAAGGUGAACGUGAUGGCCAACUCUGCAUGCGUGGAUCUUCUGGUUUGGGCAAUCGGUGACGAGACAGGUGCGGAUAGCUUGUGCGGGCGACUCGUAGAAAAGAUCAAUUCCAAUCACGGACCGAAACUCGUGCUGGCACACAUGCCGUUACUGAUGGUUUGUCUCGAGGGAUUGGGAAAAUUGGCGCAGAAAUUCCCCAACAUAGCUAGCACAUCGAUAUACCACUUGCAGGAUUUUCUCAUUGCACCGUCGCCGAUUCUUUUAAAGCUGCAUCGACAGUACGUCGAAUGCUCUGCAAAGGAACAUCAAUUUAAAGUGCUCGUUCAAGGGAAGGAAAUUACUGACACGAAGCAGACGACGUCAUCAGCGCAGGUGGCAUUUGAGAAACUUCGCGACGCAGCCAUCGGCAAUCUCUGCAUCGCUUUGGAAGCCUCGCACUCGGUGAAUCCGGAUUGCGUGCCGGCGCUUGUGGCCAGUGUAUCGCGCGGAUUAUACGACGGCGAAAGCGAUGAGAAAAUGAAAAACGAAGUUGUAUCGAAGAACAUCGUGAUUAUGUUGGGCCACGUCGCCGUGGCGCUGAAAGACACCCCGAAGACGAUGCGUACAAUUUUCCCGUUUUUCCAACAACUCUUUUGCCGCACUCCAAGCGAUCUCGAUUUUCUCAUAGUGGAUCAGUUGGGCUGCAUGAUUAUCGCCAAAUGCGAGCCAAAGAUUUAUGAAGGAAUAAUGCAAAUGUUCUCCAUGUCACUGGGAUCGAGUACUGCAACGUACGCUGCGAACGACGAUCGUAAACAGUACUGUCACGUCUCCAAAGCGGUGACGAACGCGUUAGCGAACAUAGCGGCGAAUCUGCAGGGUGAAUCGGAAUUGGAUGAUUUACUGCUGCAUCUUCUGGAACUCUUCGUGCAGCUGGGGCUCGAAGGGAAACGUGCCAGCGAUAAGAUGCCAAACAGCAUCGCUGCGACGAAAGCAGCUACAAGCGCCGGAAAUUUAGGCGUGCUUAUCCCCGUGAUCGCGAUAUUGGUGCGGCGUCUACCACCGAUCAGGCACCCUCAGAAGCGGCUUCUCAAACUGUUCAAGGACUUCUGGUUGUAUUGCGUUAUAAUGGGCUUUGCCGCGGAUCAUCCUUCGAGAAUAUGGCCGCCCGAAUGGUACGAAGGUGUCAAAGAGAUCGCAGUGAAAUCGCCCUACCUCAUUUCCCAAACCAGCGCCCGUCUCGAGAUGCGCGAGUUGCAGUAUACGUCAGCAGUACGCAAUGACAGUGUCUCGUUAAAUGAGCUUCAGGAGCUUCGAAGUCAAGUGUUGAAGAUAAGCACCCGCACGAACGACAUAUCGGCGUACGUUACUAAACUACAAUUCGCGCAAUGUACGUACCUGCUGUCCGUCUACUGGUCAGAGACAUUGCGAGUGGCCAACAGUCCCGAGCCCAGUCUGCAGCCGAUAAUGGAGUACUUAUGUGACACGGAUCUGCAGAAGGACAAGAGCGGUAUGUGGCAGUGCAUAUGCUGCGUUGCGGACUCUGUCUUCACGAAAUUCAAGGACGUGAUGCAGCGCAAGCCGAAGGACGAGCAGCGCGAGAAGGAACUUGAAAAUCACGCGCAGUUUUUGCUGGUGCGCUUCAAUCAUGUACACAAGCAGAUAAGGCGGGUGGCGGAUAAAUAUCUUAGUGCUUUAGUCGACGCUUUCCCGCAUCUGCUGUGGAACUGCAAAGUUCUUUGGAGUAUGUUGGACAUAUUACAGAUUUUGUCAUACUCGUUGCAACUUGAUCCGAACGAAGAAACCCCCAGUUUAAGAAUACCUGGUACACCAUACAGCAUUGAACUGAUGAAUACCAUCGCAGCGAGGGAGAUUAUCGUGAAAGAUUUUACCGCGAGAUGCAAAGGCAUAGUGCAGGAGGCUAUGAAAUGGGCGUCACAAGCAACCAGGUCUCACUUGCAGGAGUACAUCAACCAGAUACCGUUUGCCGGCAUGCGGCAUCACUCUGGCUUAUCGCUGGCUAUAGAUUCGGUUCUUGAAUUUGUAGACACCGCGAUUCCCACAGUAGUACCUAUAAACACGAACUCAUUGGACAAAAGGCCUCGUGGCCCGAAGGGCGCGAGUUCAUGGUUGCUGUCAAUGAUGUCGACAAGAUCAUGGCAUGCCGGCGAAGUAGCAGGCAUGCUUGCACUCGCGCGCACCGAGUCGCCGACGGCGCAGAUGACUCUGGAAGAGUGCAGAGACAAAGUUGUGGAAAGAUUGAUCGAGGCCGUUCGCCGCGCCUGCCAAGACCACGAUGACACCGCCCAUCGCGGAGCUCUUUGGCGUGCUACCGCUCUCUUAAUAUCCAUGCCAGGGAUACACAGGCGGUUGUUGCACACGGUCGCAUGUUCGCAGAUAGAGCUGUUCACGACCGCGGCUAUGACUACAGCGGUCGAGUGCUGGCAAUGGAUUUUAACCGUGCGGCCGGAUCUGAAGCUGCGAUUCUUGCAAGAGAUGUUGCUUGCAUGGCAAUACACCGUUGACAAGAGGAUGGGCCUGUUUGCGCCGAACGAGGAAGAUGUCAGUCCGUUUGCUGUCUACGAGGGCUGCAAGCUAGACACCAAUCCGCCGCACAUAAAACCGCACGAUAUCUGGGUGACGUUUAUAGUCGAGCUUGUCGAGACGGCGAAAUACUGUUGUCAAGAGACAGUCGAUAUGAUCGCCAUGCUGCUGCAUCGCUCGUUACCCAUGACUGUUGGUGCAUCCGGCGAGGAACCCGGUAUCAAUCGACACGUCGCUGCGGUUGGCGUGCGUUUUAAGCUCCUCUCGUGCGGUCUGGUAUUGCUGCAGGGUGACGUUUUGCCAAGCAGGACAUUGAGCAAAAACGUUUUGCGAGAACGUGUUUAUUCCAAUUGUCUAGAUUAUUUCUGCCGAGACCGCCAGUUGCCGACUCAAGAGAUUGAUCAGCUCAGCGAGGACAUCAUUACGCUAAUACGCUUUUGGCAGGUAAUGCACAGUGAUAAAAAGUACUUAAUGAUGACAGGAGCCGAUAAUGAGUUUGAGAUAGUGACUUCUCAAACUUACACUAGCGCAAUGAUCGUGCCAAGCGAAACGAUCAGUUCGUUAGCAGCUACGUUAGCUCCCACGGCAAACGAUUUCUCAAGAUCAUCCACCAACGUAUGGAUGAAUACCAUGCCUAUGUCGACCAGCAGUAAUACAUUAGGCAAACGCAGCAAUCGCAGCAAGCGAGUUAUAAAUGCGAAUAUCCUCGUGAAAGAUUAUAUCAAGAAGAGAAAUUUGAUCCUGGAAUUGUUGGCGGUUGAGAUCGAGAUGUUGUUGGUCUGGCGUAAUCCUGGAGGCAGACCAGAGCUCGCGCUGCAAGGGGAAGGAAGCAUCGCGGACUGGCGUGCCAAAGGAAUGAACGAUCGUUGGCGAGAGUACACACGGCUUGCAUGGGAAAUCAGUCCCGUGUUAGCCAUAUUCUUGCCGGUGCGAUUAAAGAAUCACGAAGUUAUUAUUAAGGAGAUUUGCGGCUUGGUGCGCCUUAAACCAGUGCCAGUCAUGCAUGUGUCAGAAGCAUUGCAGUACCUCAUUACGACAGACACGCUACUCAACGAUGUACCUGAAUUAGUUUAUAUGUUAACGUGGGCAAGGGUGUCUCCCAUUCAGGCAUUGGCGUACUUCUCGCGGCAAUUUCCGCAUCAUCCUAUCUCGGCUCAGUACGCGGUACAGGUCUUGGACAGUUACCCUGCCGACGCUGUACUUUUCUAUAUACCUCAAUUGGUGCAAGCCGUUCGCCAUGACUCAAUGGGCUAUGUAAUUGAAUUUAUCAAGAAGAUCGCUAAACGAUCGCAGGUAGUGGCGCAUCAGCUAAUAUGGAACAUGCACACUAAUAUGUACAUGGACGAGGAUAAGCAGAUAAGGGAUCCUCUAUUGUACGACGUCUUAGAUUCGUUAACGAAGAAUAUUCUGAAUGUACUGUCCGGCCCGGCAAAGCAAUUCUACGAGAGGGAGUUUGACUUUUUCGAUAAGAUUACUAAUAUCUCGGGUGAAAUCCGACCGUACCCAAAGGGACCAGAACGUAGAGCCGCGUGCUUGGAUGCCCUUGGCAAAGUUAAAGUACAACCUGGCUGUUAUCUGCCGUCAAAUCCUGAGGCAAUGGUUAUCGAUAUAGAUUAUCAAAGUGGCACUCCUAUGCAGAGCGCUGCCAAAGCACCAUUCCUAGCACGUUUUAAAGUACAGAAAUACGGCAUCAACGAGCUCGAGAAUAUCGCGCUAGCGGUGUCGACUAACGAGAAAGUCGAGAACAAGAAGGAACAGGAAGACCAGGCAUGGCAAGCUGCUAUUUUCAAAGUCGGCGAUGAUGUCAGGCAGGAUAUGCUGGCCCUACAAGUGAUCAGCCUCUUCAAGAACAUAUUCCAGAAGGUCGGGCUGAACCUCUUUCUGUUCCCCUAUAGGGUGGUGGCCACGGCUCCUGGGUGUGGCGUGAUAGAAUGCGUGCCGUACGCGACCUCGCGAGAUCAGCUCGGUCGUACAACAGACAGUGACAUGUAUCAAUACUUCAUCACUCAACACGGCGACGAGACAACUAAGGAAUUCCAAAACGUCCGUCGCAACUUUGUCAAGUCGAUGGCGGCGUACAGCGUGAUCACCUUCCUGCUACAGAUAAAGGAUCGUCACAACGGUAACAUCAUGAUAGAUACUCAGGGUCACAUUAUACACAUCGACUUCGGCUUCAUGUUCGAGAGUUCACCUGGUGGUAACCUAGGCUUCGAGCCCGACAUCAAGCUUACCGAUGAGAUGGUGCUCGUGAUGGGCGGCAUAGAGGCCGCACCAUUCCGCUGGUUCAUGGAGUUAUGCGUUCAGGCUUUUCUCGCGGUCAGACCAUACCAGGAGGCCAUCAUCUCUCUCGUUUCCCUCAUGCUCGAUACGGGAUUGCCAUGCUUCCGUGGGCAAACAAUUAAGCUACUACGUAGUCGAUUUGUGCCGACCGCAACCGAUCGGGACGCGGCGAGCUUUAUGAUCGGCAUAAUACGCAAUAGUUGCCUCAACAUCCGCACGAAGACUUACGACAUGAUACAGUAUUAUCAGAAUCAAAUUCCGUAUUAAACUGGAUAAUUAACUUCUCCUUCCUUUCUCAUUCCAUCCUUUUCUCUCUCCUUUUCUUUCUUCCUUCCCUUCCUUACAGUGUUAGUCGGUGACAUUGCAAGUUCUUUACGAAUGUUGUUAUCAGAUUAGAUCAAGUACUUCGUAUAAUAUUGUUAGAUAUUGCAAAUGUGAUACCCUUGAUUGCAAAGUUGUACAAAUGUAUUGGUGUCAAUAUUAUUUUCAGUCCCAUAUAUAUUUUACGAGAACGUUACAUUCUGAAUGUAUAUGUAAUAAUGUAUUAUAUUUAACUAUAAGAUUACACACGCACGCACACGCACGUAUACGUCUGUUUAGGCAGUUUAUCUGUAUUUAGUGUAUUCUUGUUUAUUAUUAAUUUAUGCGCUGUUGAUGGUUAAAAAUUAAAUUAAAUUACUAUGGCCA